AUGGCGCCACCGGACCUGACCGCGGAUUACAAACUCUACCUCACGCAACGUACGCUGCCGUGCGAGGCAAAGCUCAACGCUAUUCGACUUGAGUGGCUGAGUAUGAGAGACUUCCCGGGCGAUUCGUGCGUGGUAGAUAAGGCGAGGUGGUUAGCAGACCAGAGGGGGAAGAGGCUACGGGGGGUGAUUGAAGUGUGGAGGACCCUGCCCAAUUCCCCUCCUCUUCUGCCAAACCCAACACUUCUUUCCUCUUUCCCCGUUGGCCUCUGCCAGCGAAGCCCCAACCAUCCUCAGCUUUACCCCGCUCCUACACCCCCGGACGCCAACCGCAAGGUCGCCAAAUUGCAGUCCCAGCUGCAAAGAGCAACCGCCCUAAACGCCGACCUUCGACGGCAGCUCGCCCAGGCACUGAAGAAGGAUGAACUCACCAACAUCUACACCCGCAUCGGCUGCCUCCAGUACGAGCUCUUCCACGCCUAG